AACGUAAUUACUAAAUUUACCACUGGUGCUCCAAUUUUUAUUUUUUGGAGCACCAAAGCUGUCGCCGUACGUAAAUUUUUUUUUUAAAUGGGUCUAAUCGUGAUUUUGCUCACAUAGCGUCCAAAACCCGCUUUGAAACCGGUAACCCAACCGCAGGUAACCAGACCUCACACCUCUCGUAACCGCGACCACCCAUGCUAAUUUAUAGGCACUUCUCCCGUAACCGCAUGCAACCGCCCAUGCUAAUUUAUAGGCACUUCCCUUCUCCCACUCCAAUUCUAACUUUACAUAUAACCUCUUAACUCCUCCUCCUCCUCCUCUAUAAAUAUUUGGAUCUUCACUGCGUCUCCUCGGUCAUCUCAUCAUUUCCCUCUCUUUUUCUAGCCUUAAUUAUUAUUAUUUUUUUAUUGUUUUCAGUCUACCAAUGGACGCGGUCAUCACUCCAAAGAGGCCACAAAACCCAUCACAAAAAUCCCACAACAGCUACAUCAGAACUCAGAUUUUGUUAAGGAUCUUCACAUUUCUCGCCACUCUUAGCGCCUCUCUGGUUAUGGCUCUCAACAAGGAGGCCAGAGACUUUGGAGGGUUUUACGUUAGCGCUUCCUACAAGUCAUCUCCAGCAUUUGAGUUCUUUGUGGCUGGCAAUGCGGUGGUUUGUUGCUACUCACUCAUAUCUCUGCCUUUUCUUUCCAAUAGUGUGGAUGGAUAUGUGAUGCCUCUUCUUGAUUUGAUGACUAUGGGACUAAUUAUGGCAUCGGCAUCGGCUGCAACAUCAAUAGCAUACUUAGGUAAGAAAGGGAAUGCUGAUAUUGGAUGGAGCAUGGUAUGCCCCUAUUAUAGCAAGUUCUGUGAGAGGGUUGGAAUUUCUCUGGCUUUCUCAUAUCUGGGGCUUCUCAUUUCCCUCGUCAUAUGCUCACUCACCACAAUAUACAAGACUAGGCAAAUCGCAUAAAUCUGCAGCAGUUGUCCUAAUUAUUUGUUUAAGCUUUUAUAAUAUAUGUUGUUGUGGAUGUACUUGGUGUGUUUAAAUACAAUCAGAAACCAGAUCUGUAGAGCUCUACAAUGUGAUUGUGAACAGGAUAUUAACCUUCGUAUGAAAUAUUCAUGCUGAACGUGAUCCUGCGAAAAAGAUUGUUGGAGCAUGAAGAUGAUAUUUUUGUUUCAUUGGUUUAGUAUGGAAACCUCAUACUGCUAUGUUUACUGAGGUAAGGAGCUAGUUGGUCUAAGAUUUUUGGUUUUUUUUACCGUGAUUCCGUUCA